AUGGUGGGGAUGAUAGUAAUGAUGGACGGGAUGAUAGAUGAUGAGGAUAAUAGUGAUGAGGAUGACAGUGAAUUAUAUAAUAGGGAUGAUGAGGAUGAUAGUGAAUUAUAUAAUAGGGAUGAUGAGGAUGAUAGUGAAUUGUAUAAUAAGGAUGAUGAGGAUGAUAGUGAAUUAUAUAAUAGGGAUGAUGAGGAUGAUAGUGAAUUGUAUAAUAAGGAUGAUGAGGAUGAUAGUGAAUUAUAUGAUAGGGAUGAUGAGGAUGAUAGUGAAUUAUAUGAUAGGGAUGAUGAGAAUGAUAGUGAAUUAUAUGAUAGGGAUGAUGAGGAUGAUAGUGAAUUAUAUGAUAGGGAUGAUGAGGAUGAUAGUGAAUUAUAUAAGGAUGAUGAGGAUGAUAGUGAAUUAUAUGAUAGGGAUGUUGAGGAUGAUAGUGAAUUAUAUAAGAAUGAUGAGGAUGAUAGUGAAUUACAUGAUAGGGAUGAUGAGGAUGAUAGUAAUGAUGGUGGGGAUAAUAGUGAUGAUGGUGAGGGUAGUGAAGAUGAGGAUGGCAGUAAUGAUGAUGAUGAUGAUGAUGGUGAUAUUGAUGAGGAUAAUAGUGAUGAGGAUGAUAGUGAAUUAUAUGAUAAGGAUGAUGAGGAUGAUAGUGAAUUAUAUAAUAGGGAUGAUGAGGAUGAUAGUGAAUUAUAUAAUAGGGAUGAUGAGGAUGAUAGUGAAUUCUAUAAUAGGGAUGAUGAGGAUGAUAGUGAAUUAUAUGAUAGGGAUGAUGAGGAUGAUAGUGAAUUAUAUGAUAGGGAUGAUGAGGAUGAUAGUGAAUUAUAUGAUAGGGAUGAUGAGGAUGAUAGUGAAUUAUAUGAUAGGGAUGAUGAGGAUGAUAGUGAAUUAUAUGAUAGGGAUGAUGAGGAUGAUAGUGAAUUAUAUGAUAAGGAUGAUGAGGAUGAUAGUGAAUUGUAUGAUAGGGAUGUUGAGGAUGAUAGUGAAUUAUAUAAGAAUGAUGAGGAUGAUAGUGAAUUACAUGAUAGGGAUGAUGAGGAUGAUAAUGAUGGUGGGGAUGAUAGUGAUGAUGGUGAGGGUAGUGAAGAUGAGGAUGGCAGUAAUGAUGAUGAUGAUGAUGGUGAUAUUGAUGAGGAUAAUAGUGAUGAGGAUGAUAGUGAAUUAUAUGAUAAGGAUGAUGAGGAUGAUAGUGAAUUAUAUAAUAGGGAUGAUGAGGAUGAUAGUGAAUUAUAUGAUAGGGAUGAUGAGGAUGAUAGUGAAUUAUAUGAUAGGGAUGAUGAGGAUGAUAGUGAAUUAUAUAAUAGGGAUGAUGAGGAUGAUAGUGAAUUAUAUGAUAAGGAUGAUGAGGAUGAUAGUGAAUUAUAUAAGGAUGAUGAGGAUGAUAGUGAAUUACAUGAUAGGGAUGAUGAGGAUGAUAGUGAAUUAUAUAAUAGGGAUGAUGAGGAUGAAAGUGAAUUAUAUAAUAGGGAUGAUGAGGAUGAUAGUGAAUUAUAUAAUAGGGAUGAUGGGGAUGAUAGUGAAUUAUAUAAUAGGGAUGAUGGGGAUGAUAGUGAAUUAUAUAAUAGGGAUGGUGAGGAUGAUAGUGAAUUAUAUAAGGAUGAUGAUGGUGAUAGUGAAUUAUAUGAUAGGGAUGAUGGGGAUGAUAGUGAAUUAUAUAAGGAUGAUGAGGAUGAUAGUGAAUUACAUGAUAGGGAUGAUGAGGAUGAUAGUGAAUUAUAUAAUAGGGAUGAUGAGGAUGAUAGUGAAUUAUAUGAUAAGGAUGAUGGGGAUGAUAGUGAAUUAUAUGAUAGGGAUGAUGAGGAUGAUAGUGAAUUAUAUAAUAGGGAUGAUGGGGAUGAUAGUGAAUUAUAUAAGGAUGAUGAUGGUGAUAGUGAAUUAUAUGAUAGGGAUGAUGGGGAUGAUAGUGAAUUAUAUAAGGAUGAUGAGGAUGAUAGUGAAUUAUAUAAUAGGGAUGAUGAGGAUGAUAGUGAAUUAUAUAAUAGGGAUGAUGAGGAUGAUAGUGAAUUAAAUGAUAAGGAUGAUGAGGAUGAUAGUGAAUUACAUGAUAAGGAUGAUGACAAUUAUAGUAGUGCUGAUGAUGAGGAUGAUGAUAGUGAGGGUCAAAAUAGUAAUGAUAGUGAAGAUGAGGAUGAUAGUGAUGAUUAUAAUAAUCCCCAACCUCUGGCUCCCAUCAUGCUCUGGCAGCCCACAUCUUCAUGA